UUCUCAUUUCAUUUGUCUCCUCCACUCAAAACGUUCACCAACAAUGAGAAGUCAUCAAACACAUUCUUCUUCAGCUCUUUCCUUCAUCUUCUUCUUCUUCCUAUUGUUCAUCUCCUUCUCACUCUCUACAUCAAAACUUGAACCCUCUAAACAUAAACCUACAAGAAAACAAUCAUUCUCAUCUAUUCUCGUUUUCGGAGAUUCAACCGUUGAUCCGGGAAAUAACAACUUCAUCAAUACAAUAUUCAAAUGUAAUUUUCCGCCCUAUGGAAUCGAUUUCAAAAACAAAAUCCCCACCGGUAGAUUUUGCAAUGGUCGACUCGUCACAGAUUUCAUUGCUUCAUACAUUGGUGUGAAGGAGAAUGUGCCAGCCUACUUGGACCCGAGUCUUGGAAUAAAUGAGUUAAUAAGUGGAGUCAGCUUUGCUUCAGCUGGUUCUGGAUAUGAUCCUCUCACUCCAACCAUUACUGUACAGCGCGUGAUAGACAUUCCGAGUCAGCUAGAAUAUUUCAGAGAAUACAAAAGAAAAUUAGAGAAAAAAAUGGGAAAAGACAAAAUGGAGAAACACAUAGGAGAAGCUUUGUUUUGUGUGAGUGCAGGAACCAACGAUUUCGUGAUCAAUUAUUUCCUACUUCCAAUACGAAGGAAGACUUUCACUAUCGAAGCCUAUCAACAAUUCGUUAUUUCCAAUCUCAAGCAAUUUAUCCAGGGAUUGUGGAAGGAAGGAGCAAGAAAUAUAAUAGUGGCAGGUGUACCUCCAAUUGGGUGUUUGCCGAUUGUUAUAACGUUAUUCUCCAGUGAAGCAUUGACCAACCGUCGUUGCAUUGAUUGGUUCUCUGAUGUGGCCAAGAACUACAAUAUCCUUUUACAAAAAGAAUUGGGUUUCAUGCAAAUGAAUUUAGCCCAUCUUGGAUCCAAGAUCUUUUAUUUCGACAUCUAUAACCCAUUAUCUGAGAUCAUUCAUGACUAUCAAAAAUUUGGGUUUGAGGAAGUGAGCAGUGGCUGUUGUGGAAGCGGAUACUUAGAGACAUCAUUCUUGUGUAACCCAAAGUCAUAUGUAUGUCCCAAUACAUCUGCUUAUGUAUUUUUCGAUUCUAUCCAUCCAAGUGAGAAGACUUAUUUCAAUAUCUUUAGAACUCUCCGACCAGUUUAUGAUUCUAUUUUUGGUUGUAUAUGAGAUUUUUUUAGUUAAUUAAUACAUUUGAUUAUGAUCACUAUUCA